AUUACAUACAACAACAACAACAACAACAUCAUUUCCCGUCAUGCACUGGACACGUUGCCAUAGCGCCACGUUGGUUUACCAACAAACAUGGCGCACAGCCCGUCUCGUGUCUUUGCUACAGUUUCACCGAACGCUGGUGAUGUUUACCGAGACGAAAACGAAUCGGUGUUUAACCGGGGCCGCAAGCAAACACCUUUACACGCUCAAAGCAACGCAAGAGUGGUUCAGAUGACGGGCUGCGCGGAGUUAUCGUGUCCUCCGGACCGCGCUACCGUCACCAUCAGCGUCAAAAACAGUAAAGAAAAUGUUAACGACGUGACUAACAGCGUUACCCGAAGACUGGAGUACAUACUACAGACUGUGAGACAGCACGAUGUCAAGGAAGAAAACAUCACUGUGACCAAGCAUUUACAAAGAGAGGAGGAGCUCUUCCACAUGCAAGCUGAGGUGCUUGUGGUGUUUUCAGACUUUGAGAAGAUGCAACAAGCACGCUCAGUUUUGAUUGAAAAACUUGACAAAAUCGUGUGUGUUGGUGACCCUUACUACAGUCACAGUGCAGAAAGUCUCAGUUUGUUAAGACGGCGAGCAUGUUUGGAAGCCGUGGACAACGCCCGGCUAAAAGCCAGCGAGGCAUGUUGCAUUCUGGGACAAGCUCUGGGACGGCCACUGCUUGUACGUGAGGAGGAAUCACGAGAGUGGACCAGCGGCCAGCAUGAAGUGACUGGCUCUCCUCUAACACUGCACCAGAAGACUGGGGUUACGUUAGUCUCUGCCUCUUCACACGUGUUUGUGACCUUUGAAUUGCGUCCGAAGAACAGCAACAGGAGGAAAUUUUGAAAAUUUUGUGUCUGUUUAGCAGUAUUAAUAGUACAUGUAAUUCCUUUUAUUUGCUUUUUUAACCUGUAAACACAUAGUCCUGUGAAGUGAGCACCAUAGAGGAUCACCGAUAUUCACAAAAAGGCCUAAAAAUAAAGUUACCACUUGUUCCUACUGUUGUUUUAACUUAAUAAAGUCUCCAAAUUUCAGAAUAUAUUGAAUAGCAUUGUGUGCAACUCAAAAGAUGCUAAUGCUAAAAUUUGUUCCAAACAUUGAUAGAAAACGAUGUUAAAUUCUGAAAGUGUAAUGAAAGAGGAAGAUGAGCCUGUGUUUGAAUAGGGAAUACAUAUAUAUUGAUGCAUGAAUGUGCCUUGCGUGCAUAAUGGAUGACAUUGUUUGUUUCUACAACAGCAUUUGUCUAGACAGGUGCUAGACAACUAGAAAGAUCUUAUUCACUUCCUCUAAUAUGAUUUGUCUCUAAACUUAAACUUGCACUGGAUGUAGGGACGAAAAUAUACAAUAGUGUGAAAUAU